AUGAUUAAAACCCCGAAUAGUUUAUUAUGUCGUUCCGAUGAAAUUUGGUGUCUACCAAUGACGAAUGCAACCGAUAAAAUAGAUCCAAACGGUGUUUGUAUUCCACAUGAACAGAAUGCUCAAUGGUCUUAUUCAUCAAAAUGUGAAACAAUUAUUUCCUAUUCUAAAGAUCAUGGUGAAAUUCUACUUGAUAAUUCUACUCUUUCUAAUCGGGAAUCUUUAUGUCUUAUAAUCAUUGCGAAAGAAAGACAUAAAAUGAAAAUGAAAAUAACAAUAAAUUAA